CCAUUAACAUGAUGUAUAUGAAAACAUGACUCUCCCCUGCCGUAGAGCAGUGGUACAGUCAAAAGCUCAAAUUCCGAGAAUUGAGCUCUUCUGAUUCUUAGAACAGGGGUUCUUAGAAGUGGUGAUGCAAGAAGUUUCUAGGAAAGCCCUACCAGAUUUCGACAAAAUGGCAUGUGCAGCAGACAGCUGCAUUCAAUUUACACGCCAUGCAAGUGAUGUACUGCUCAACCUGAACCGGCUGCGCAGCAGGGAUAUCCUGACCGACGUCACGAUUCUGGUCAGCAGACAACAGUUUCGUGCUCAUAAGACGGUCCUGAUGGCUUGCAGCGGGUUGUUUUACACCAUCUUCACGGACUCCCUCAAAUGCAACCUGAACGCCAUCAGUCUGGACCCGAAGGUGGACCCAGAGGGCUUUGCCAUUCUGCUGGAGUUCAUGUACACCUCUCGUCUCACACUGAAGGAGAGCCUGAUCAUCGCCGUCAUGAACACCGCCAUCUACCUGCAGAUGGACCAUGUUGUCGACACCUGCCACAGGUUCAUUAAAUCCAGUGACCCAUCAACCAAGCUGCCCAGAGAAGAGUUUCUAGUCAGCCCGUUAAUGUUGCCUCAGGAUGUUCAUGCUUACCGGCCCCAUGAAGUGGUGGAGAAUUUACCCAGCCGGGCUGCCCCUUUCAGGGAUGGGAGAGCCUAUGGUUCCAGCAUGUUCAAUGGAGUCGGUGCUCCGAGCAGUUCUUAUCUUUAUGGCCAAUUCCCAGUUCAGGGGUUCCAUUUCCCUCUCGGAAAGCUGACUGAUUCAAAGAGCUCUUUCCCCGACUUUGCGAAAGUGAGCGCCAUGCACCACAAGCAUGGUUCUCCGCCGGAGAAACCAGGAGACAUGCUGGCAGAAUACACCAGGGCCAAUGUCAGUGGCGCCCCCGGUCUCUGCCACAUGACCGCCUACUCUUCCAGAGAGGUGGCCAGAGAGGACGAAGCCAGGAAGGAGGGCCUUCUGAGUGGCCACCAACCCGUGGGCCUGGGCUCCAGGAAGCAUGGCUUCCCGGGCCUGGCUCGGGAGCAGCGGGAGGUGGGCAAAGAGCACGCCCGGCCCACGGGGGAAGAAGACGUGAGCCAUCAGCACUACUCCAUCAGCGGCCGCAAGGGCCUAAUGAGCAGUCCGCAGAGCCCGCUCAAGUCCGACUGCCAGCCCAACUCCCCCACCGAGUCCAGCAGCAGCAAGAAUGCCUCCUUUUCCCAGGCCAACCGCUCGCCGCCCGUACAGUGCGGGCAGGACCCCAAAGCCCGCAACUGGAAGAAGUACAAGUUCAUUGUGCUCAACUCCGCCAACCAGAGUUCAAAAGAUGAGGGCGGGCCCCAAGACGUGGAAGCACGCACCCCCCGGCGGGUGGGCUCGCCCGCCUACCUCCAGCCCAGCGAUUCGGAGCACUCGGACCUGCAGAGCACUGCCAAGAUCAGUGAGCACGGCGAGGACUUCUCGGCACCCCAGGCCAGUCGCCUCAACAACAUCAUCAACAACAGGGCCAUGGAGGGAUCGCAGCGGAACAGCCAUGCUGCUCUCUACAUGAGCCACCUAAAAUGCUCCUCCUGUGGCUCCCAGUCCCCGCAGCACUCUGAAGUCUGUUCCAACACUCCAGGGUCGCAUCUGGGUGAAGAGCUGACAGAACUGCAUUCAGAGUAUUCGGACUCCAGCUGUGAAAAUGGUACUUUCUUCUGUAAUGAAUGUGACUCGAAGUUCGCGGAGGACGACGCUCUGAAAAGGCACACUCUUCAGGUCCACAGCGACAAGCCAUACAAGUGUGAUCGCUGCCAGGCUGCCUUCCGUUACAAGGGAAACCUCGCCAGCCACAAAACCGUCCACACAGGGGAGAAACCGUAUCGCUGCAACAUCUGUGGUGCUCAGUUCAACAGACCAGCCAACCUCAAGACCCACACACGUAUUCACUCGGGAGAAAAGCCAUACAAGUGUGAGACCUGCGGAGCACGGUUUGUACAGGUCGCCCAUCUCCGCGCCCACGUGCUGAUUCAUACAGGGGAGAAGCCGUACCCUUGCGAGAUCUGCGGCACACGCUUCCGACACCUGCAGACGCUCAAGAGCCAUUUGCGCAUACACACAGGAGAAAAGCCCUAUCAUUGUGAGAAAUGCAACUUGCACUUUCGCCACAAGAGCCAGCUGAGGUUGCACCUAAGACAAAAGCACGGUGCCAUCACGAACACCAAGAUCCAAUACCGUAUGUCCACUACAGACCUGCCAACUGACUUCAAGGCCUGAGGAGAAACGCCAGGAAGAUGCCACUGACGGCAUUCAAAUAACCUGACUUACACAAUCAUCCAAAAUUGUAGUGCCACACUGUGUGGGGGGGGGGGGGCACUGGCACUCUAUGCUAAUUUAAACGGGUUUCCUCUUCAUGUGAACAUAGAACCAGAUAUGGUCUCUUAAAGUCACUUUGUCUAUGUAAUCCAGUUGGGAGUGUUUAUAAGCUUUCUGAGGUACAUACGGCUUUAU